AUGGCAGAGGCACCGACGAGACGCGGGGGAGGGAUGACCGGGGACGAGAAGCUCGAGUUCGUGACGUCUGAUGGGAUAGAGCCGAUCAUGAGCUUCGAUAAGAUGGGUUUAAGGGACGAUCUGCUCCGAGGCGUCUACAACUACGGCUUUGAGAAGCCCUCCGCCAUCCAGCAACGUGCCGUCAGGCCCAUCAUUGAGGGCCGUGACGUCAUUGCACAGGCCCAGUCCGGUACCGGCAAGACCUCCAUGAUUGCCCUCACCGUCUGUCAGCUUGUCGAUACCUCUUCCCUAGAGGUUCAGGCUUUGAUAUUGUCUCCAACAAGGGAAUUGGCGGCGCAGACGGAGAAGGUGAUACUAGCAAUUGGUAAUUUCAUAAAUAUAAAAGCCCAUUCUUGCAUUGGAGGCAAAAGCGUAGGCGAGGAUAUCAGAAAGCUUGAGUACGGUGUUCAUGUGGUGUCUGGAACUCCUGGUAGAGUCUGUGAUAUGAUCAAGAGGAGAACUCUCCGCACUCGAGCCAUUAAAUUAUUAAUUCUCGAUGAAUCUGAUGAGAUGUUGAGUAGAGGCUUCAAGGAUCAGAUUUAUGAUGUCUACAGAUAUCUUCCACCUGAGCUCCAGGUUUGCUUAAUUUCUGCUACACUUCCUCAUGAAAUUUUGGAGAUAACCAACAAAUUUAUGACUGAACCUGUGAGGAUCCUUGUCAAACGUGAUGAGUUGACUUUGGAGGGAAUCAAGCAAUUUUUCGUUGCGGUUGAAAGAGAAGAAUGGAAGUUUGAUACGCUUUGUGAUCUUUAUGAUACCCUUACAAUUACACAAGCUGUUAUUUUCUGCAACACAAAGAGAAAGGUGGACUGGCUCACCGAAAAGAUGCGGAGUAAUAACUUUACUGUGUCUGCAAUGCAUGGAGACAUGCCUCAGAAGGAGAGAGAUGCUAUUAUGGCCGAGUUUCGUGGUGGCACGACUCGCGUCCUGAUCACAACAGAUGUUUGGGCCCGGGGCCUUGAUGUUCAGCAGGUUUCCUUGGUUAUCAAUUAUGAUCUUCCAAACAACCGUGAACUGUACAUUCAUCGGAUUGGUCGUUCUGGUCGUUUUGGGCGCAAGGGUGUGGCAAUAAACUUUGUCAAAAGCGAUGAUAUUAAGAUCUUAAGAGACAUAGAACAGUAUUACAGUACCCAGAUUGACGAAAUGCCAAUGAAUGUUGCGGACUUGAUAUGA